CUAGAAGUGCCCUCAACAAUAGUAGUGCCGGAGCAACAUCAUCAUCAAGUGCACCUGCGUCAGAAACUAGCGCCGGUGAAAGUUAUGCGACCGGGGGAAAUGGUACUUCAGGAGGAACCAAAGCUUCUGGAACAGCAUCAAGCAGGAACAGCGCGGGCAACAAGGCAGCUGGAGGGGGCAAUAAUUCUCAACAGGAUGUAGUUGCCAUCGACAGCAGUACGACAUCAAGAACUUCUAGCCCCAGUUUUGUUUUAAGCCAACCCCAUCCAGAAAUCGCGAACAUCAUCGAUCUGGCCUUUUCGCAGUGGGCGGGUACCCAGGAUCAUCAUGCGGGCACAGGUUCUGGCACCUUCGCGAGCCGGCGAAACGACGGCGAGCUCGAGGCUUUUGUCGGCCAAUUUCUGCUCAGAAACGAAAUUCGCGAGCACGCGACGCACACGUUUCUGCACCGACUUGAUGGGGACGUCCAUUCUGGGCAACACGUUGCUGGUGCACCUCCACGGAGUACUUCAAGCGAGACGGCAGCUGGAAGGAGCAGUAGUAAAAAAAGUCUCAGUACAACUACAGCAUCCUCAUCAGCAGGUAUAGCCACAUCACCAGGAACAGUUGACGGCAGUGUCACCAAGACUGCUGCUUCGCCGUCCCUGUCGCCCUCAGCGAACAAGUAUCCGCCCUUGCUCCACGCCGCCGCAACCGGGACCGAGGAAGAGCAGCGGGACGCGUUGUUCCUGUUGCAUUCCCUGUUCCUCCUGGAUAACCAGGAGUGCGUAUUACAGUGAAAAAUGCCCCCCACCCCUUAAAUUGUAAAAAUUUGUGAUGCGAAGUUUCCAAAUGAAGACGUUUUGUCAUGCAUGAAAGGAGUAUGAAUCUUUCCGAUGCAGGGUCUAGGCGUGUAUCGCAUCGCUUGCAUGACAAGCGCCGCUUUUGCUGGGGUCUUUUGUAAUACAAUACAUUCUUGCUGUUCACGAUUGGAAACCUGUGAUGCUGAUAGAUGCAAGAGGGUGAGGGUUUCAUUUGGAAAGGUUUGCAAUACAAAUUCUCCCAAGGUCGGGGGUGGGGGCAUUUUUCAAUGUAAUAGUGCGUCCAGCACCGCGGCGUCGACGCCCUGGUUCUGCUCGCGCCCACGGCCACCGCUAUGAACUGCAAAAGUAUCGUACUCGUAUAAAUGCAUUACAAAUUUUCUCAGCAUGAGAAAUGAAAUUUGUAAUGCUGAUUUGCCUUGACAAAGAAAUUUGUAAUGCAAGACCUGCAUUUAUACGAGUACGAUACUUUUGCACAGGAUAACCGCGGAGGUGCAGCAACUGUGUGUGGAAUGUUUGCUGCAGCUGGCGCUGGUGAGCAGCAACGGUAGUUCAACAGCUGCUACGACUACUACGACCGCAGCAGGACCAGGAGCUUGUGGAACAAGAACGACCCGGCGAGGUGUUUUUGGAACCAAGCACAUGACGAAUGGAUCAUGUAGUGGAAACAAGAACAGCAUCGGUGUCGUAGGUCCCACGACCUCGUGGGAUAACAGUGGACUUCUGACUUCCAGCACAUCUUCUUGUUCAGGACCCGUGAAGAUGUCUCCUACCUCGACGCAAAUGAUUUCGUCCCACCACGUCGUCGGCACGUGGUCGAGUGGAUCUUCUUCAUCGCUGUUUGAAAAUUGGCUCGGACACCUGGAGCCGAUAUCCGUGCUUCUCCUCUUAACAAACAGCCCAACCACGCAGGUCCGCAAAAUGGCGGUCCUGGCGCUGUGGACCCUGGCCCGGGGUAAUCACAUCGACUGGGCGAAGGCCUGUUUCUCCCAUGUCCCUCCCGCGGACAUCGAGCACCACCUCUGGAGCCGAUUGGCACCCAGGAUAGACGCGUUUCGAAAGAGGUACGGAGGAGCUGGUAGCAAAGGCUUCGUGCAGCUGGCCAAAGAUCAAGAGUCGCAUCUGGAAUCAGACCACUUAUUGCACGAGGAGAAGAACAACUCUACGGUGUCUGGUGGUGAGAUGCAUAAAAAAGCGGCUGGCCGAACGGACGGAAAUAAUUUCAACUACGCGCAUGGAGGUAGCUCUUCCGCGGAUGAACAAUUCAAUAAUGGCACCACCGACGACGGAACUUCGCCGCGGUUUCGGGACUACUUGUCGAUCAUCGGAGAAGGUGACGAGUCGGAGAGCCCGCGCAGCAGCCUCCUGGCCGACGAAGAGAACGAAGAUGCUGGUGGUCGAGAAUCAUAUCCAUUGUUGAAAACAUCAUCCAGGGCGACGGUGCCAACCGGGUCGCAGGCUUUGGUUGUUGGCGCCGCGGCGCGUCACACUUCGACCGAGGCCGCGGGGGGGCAAGAAAAUUUAGACGAAGAUUCCGUAGGAG